UAAUGUUUCCUUAUCCAUGCUUCACUAUCUGAUUGGCAAGCAAAAAGGAGAUCAACAUUUUAUUGAUUAUUCCCAUUCUUUCCGUGUUUUGAUUCGUCGACGCCAAAACAAUAUAAAUCCGAUUCUCUCACGUGCUGUCCAUUGCUUUAAUGGAGAAGCAAAUAUCUUCCUUGGUCGUUAAGAAGAACCUAACCGACUAUGAGCUGGCGUUUAAAAGCAAUAAUAUGAUGGCCAAGUUGAAAUUUAUCUACAGGAUACUGAGGAAAAUUGAAGAUAACCGUGAGAACUUAUGUCAUAUAAUGGGCAUAUCCGAUCCGGCUCAGGCGGGAAAAAAGAAUGGCAAGAGGGACGAACCGAAUGAGAUGGAGAAAACAUGCUUGGAAGUCUUAAGAAACGUAAUCAAAGGACGGGGAGGAAAUGACACGCCCGAAAAGGAGCUGGGCCUGGCCUAUGCUUACAUGGGAAUAGCCUAUGAAAUUGGUGCAUUCGGACUGGUAAUAAACUACAAAAAAGCAUACGAAAAUUAUAUCUGUGCUCUCAAAAGGAACCACGGAAUGGGUGCCUUUCGACUGGCCGUGAUGUUUGAGAAAGGUAUUCAUACGAAGCGAUCGCUUACCAAAGCGUUCACGUACUACAGGUGUGCAGCAAAAAUGGGUCUGUCGGAGGGAAUGCAUGCCUAUGGAAUGAUCCUGUACUAUUGUGAGGAUGAAGACAUGCGUGACUGUCGCACAGGCUUUCACUACAUCAAACUCGCGAUGGUCAACGCCAGUCCAGAAUAUCCACAUCCUUAUUUCGAUUUAGGAAGAAUAUACGAGACCGGGAACGCUGCGCUAGAUCUUUACAAAGAUUGUCAAUAUGCAUACAAGAUAUACGUCCGAGGUGCAUCCUUCGGCUGUCCGAACUGUUGCUACAGGUUGGGCAGGAGCCACGAGUUUGGAGAAUUGAACCGAUCAAAAAGUUGGAGGGAAGCUAUUUGGUGGUACAAGAAAGCGGCCGAGCUGGGACAGGUUGAUGCACAGAUGGCAUUGUCAACGUUCUACAUAACCGGUAUUGACAGGGUUUUGGAUGUAAACUAUGAGGAAGCAUACCAAUGGACGUUGAAAGCAGCUGUGGGCGGACACGCCGGAGCAGCGUAUAGCCUUGGUGGAUACAUAGAGAAGGGUAUAGGAAUAAAGAAGGACCCGGCACAUGCUCUCUGGUGGUAUUCGAUCUCAGGCCUAUUCGGGAACAAAAAUGCGAAGUACAAGAUCGAGCAGCUCUCCAAUGAUGUGUACAUGAAUUCCACGAGAAAAAAACGGUGGUGGUUUCUGCCCUGUUAAUGCUGAUAGACCUCAUCGCUCGCUGCUUUGCUAAAUUAUUUUUAAAAUUUUUCUCAUUGUUGCUGUUUUUAUCCGUAACAUGAUCUUAAUAAAU